UUUUUCCCAAGUCUGAGUAGUCAGGUUUCAGUUUUCCUGGUAGUCUGAUUUCUCAGGAUCCAGUCGAUGAUGGCCGUCGUGGCACCAAGAGGAGGGCGUGGUGGUGGUGGUGGUGGUGGUGGUGGUGGUGGUGGUGGUGGUGGUGGUGGUGGUGGUGGUGGUGGUGGUGGUGGUGGUGGUGGUGGUGGUGGUGGUGGUGGUGGUGGUGGUGGUGGUGGUGGUGGUGGUGGGGACAGUGGGUCCGACAAGGGGAUCGGGGAUGGCUGACCCAGACGCCCUUCACAUCCC